AUGAGGGUCGUGCCCAAAGUUUGGACGAGGCUCAUAAUCACAUUCCUGUUGAUCUUCGUCAUUUACUUUGUCUACACCUCAAUUUUCGUAGGGCUCCUCUUGCUGUGUCUUGUAUUUGUCGCUCACCUAGUCGGGAUUAUCCUUGCAGUCAUCCCAAUUGUUGCCUCCAUUGUGGGCAUUGUCUACUUAACUGUAGUAUCGGCCUUGGCAUGUGUUGUGUCUGUCCUAGAGGAUGUGUAUGGCAGGAAAGCAAUGUCUAAGAGCAAGGCCCUGCUCAAGGGCAAGUUAUGGAGUGUUGUUGGCUGUUUCGUGUUGCUCAUUUUGUCCUACGUGCUGGUUGAGUACGUCAUCUACUUCGCUUGCAAGUCCUACCAUCAGGAGAACCUGGUUAUGUCCUACCUCGCGGACCGCCUCAAGGUUAACUGCAAAUCCAAUGAUAUCCAGCUCCGAGCAAUCCCAAGUUUAGCUGCCUGUUAA